UGUUCCUCCAAUAAAUCACGUUUCACCUUGCGUUUCACCAAUCAUAUGACACAUGAGAGUAUCGUUAGGACACAUGAGACACACAUCAGACCGUUAGGACACGAUACCGUUUUCGUAUAGCUACGUUAAAUUGCAUUGCAAUCCAGUCUCGUAUUAGCUUUCGUUCGGAGGUCUAGCUACGUCGUGAGAACAUUUGUGCAAAACCAGUUCGCUGUAAAGGUAUAACUAACAUUCAAAAAGAAACUAUACUUCCAUUACAACUUCAAUAAUAAGAGAGUAUAACACUCAAAACUAGAAUAAUAAAAUGGGUUUCGUCAAUGUUGUGGUUCAACUGGCAUUAUUCCUCGUAUUCUCAAUAAACUGUCAAAAUACGACCGGAGUUGAUUAUCAUGAGCAUCACGCAUUGGAAACAGCAUUAUUCUUGGCCAAAGUCGAUACGCAAUGCAUAAGUUACCGCUACGUCCCAUGCCGCAAGCAUACGAAAACCACGACUGUUAUUUACGAAGAUGAAGAAAUGGACGAUCCGAAUUUAUCCGAAUCGAACAACACCAUCAGGUAUGAUUUUCAAUGUAUUUCCUAUGGAUUCAUUCCGUGUCGAGAGGUUUCGCAAAAUCUGAUCCUCAAAGUCGCGGAUGAACAAGAACGACUUCAAAAAACAAGAUCAACUUACAGCAAACGACUAAGAAAGUGCGAAAAGGACAAAAAUGACGACCUGUCUCUCCUGGCAACCGAAUCCUACUGCUUAACCAGUCGAUUAACGGAAUGUGAAAUUUCUCAGUUGAUUUCACUUGAAAAAAUGAAAAUGUCAAAUGAGAAAGAACAGAUUUUAACCCAACAGUUGGCCGUGACUAAAAACCAGAAGUUUGUCCUGCUAAAAGACAAAAUAAGCUUAAUCGACAGAGUAAAAAAUUCUGAUGAAAAUUUGAAAGUGUGCAAAGAACUGGUACAUAAUGUAACCUUACAACUGGCUGAUUCCAAAAUGGAGAACAUCAAAGCGGCGGCCAAUGACGCCAAAAAUCAGUUGGGCCUUAUACGUCAGGAAUUCAAUGAUGAAACCAAACUCAUGUACACUUCCAUCGCUAAAACUUUCAGUGGCACUCCUUUUUCGGGAGAUUUGCUAAGUUACACCCUUUACCAAAUGGGCCGUAUGAGAAUUGUACCAAAACCGAAUAUACAACCACUUUUGCCCCAAUACGGCAUAGUUUUCAACGAUGUCACAUCGAUAAGAUACAACCUCGCCAUUUCACCGUGUAAGAAUUCAGCAGACAACAAUCGAAGCGUUUUUAUUGCCGUAAUAUCUGCACCUGAAAACCGAGAAAGCCGAGACAAAAUUCGACAGACGUGGAAAAAACAUGUGGAAGAGAUCAAUAGACUCAAUAGAAACAGCGACAGGAAUUGCCCCUUGUUUUGCACUAUUGAGUUUGCUUUUGUUUUAGGACCAACGACAAACACAUCAUCCCAAAUCAGUAUUACGGAAGAAAGCGCAAAAUAUAAGGACAUCAUUCAGAUUUCGGAUACGCAAGAUUUUCCAAGUUAUAUGACGAUGCCUGGGGUUAUCAAUUGGAUAUACUCUCGCUGUCCCCAAAUCGAUUUUCUAUUUAAAGUCGAAGAUGACAUGCAUGUCAACGUACACAAACUAGCGUACUUUGUUCGAGACUUUUACCAUUUCGGCAAUAAUGGAAAUAUGACCAUUUACAGUCAGCAGAACGGCGAUGAGAGUAAUAUUGGCCGGUUAAACAAGUACAAACCCAACAGAAGUGAGGAGAAGAUGGUUACGUUGGACGAGUGGCCAUGGAAUACGUAUCCGAAAUACUUUAAUGGACCUGCCUAUUUGAUGCACAAAAGUACCAUCCUCCCACUAUUGGCGGCCAUUCAAACAACGCCUGCAUUUUUCUUAGAAGAGGUCUACAUAACCGGAAUUUGUGCGGAUAAAGCCGGAAUAAGUAGAAGAGCAAGCAGCAGAAGCUUACCAGUCAUGUGGCCAUGGGCACCGAAAACUGUGAACACUACAUGGGACGCUAUUAACCUGUAUCUAACCUGGAAGAAUACGGUCUCUUACAUAUCCCACAAGGAAAUAGACGCAUUCUACAGUGGACUGGCGUCCAAUCCUAUGAGUUGUAAUAAUUACAGAGACAGCCAAAAUUUCGUUUUCUUCCCUUUGGAUUAAAAGGUGUUAUUAGGCCUACUACUUCAUAUUUUUUAAAUCUUUAUAUUCUUUACACAAUUCUUGAAUGUAGUUUGUAGUUUGUGGUUUGUAGAAAGGAAAUAUUCAAUUCAAAGAAUCUUUCCGCACAGCACGUGUGUAGUGUGUGUAUCAGCCAUUCUAUUCAGUUGGAUUAAUAAAUCUUUCAGCACGG